AGCGCGCUUUCUUUGCCAAGUCAAGUGUCAGAUUUAUUUGUGAGGGGACAUAAACAUUGAUAUUUUAAUAAAGCUAGUAUUGCAUUGAUACACCGGCACUAUGUUGGAUUUUCUUCCUGACAGUAUUUAUUUUGCUUAAUUUUUUUUAUAGACUAAAAUAAUUUCAUAAUUAAUGUAUAGCCUGCACAUUAAAAUACACCUCACCAUACAGUUAAAAGCUAUGGAACUAAUUUCUUAAAAUGGCAAUACCAGGUUUGAUUUUUAAGACAUUUUUACACAUAUUGAUGUAGAUGUAGAAUAUUGCAAUAUCAAUGGAGAUUGAGGAGUCUUAUAUAAAGUUUUUGUGGGCAGGAUUUAAUGUACUAUAUUAAACCUAUUUGCACAUAUUUUUUAAACAGUUGUCAUUUUGAUUGACAGCUGCUAUUGUAAUAGAUUUUAAAUAAUUCAUUGGAUUUUAUUAUGGAUACAAUGAAAACUGAUAAUUAUAAUCCAAAGUUGAAAGUAGUUGACAAAAAUGAUAUCACAAAUGUUAAUCCUGACAAGAAUGUUAUUUAUUCAGGCAAUUUUAAUUUCAUAAAGAGUACCAUUAAAAAACCUGAUAAUGACCUGCGGCCACUUGCUGCUGCUAUAUUAGGUCUAAAUAACACUGCCGCUCCUCUACCACAAAAUCUAGAAUUCUAUCAUACUUGGACUGAUAUUGAUUCUCAAGAAGCAUUUUUAAACACAAAACCAACAUGUUAUAUUAUUCUCGGAAAACCAGGAACUGGAGGUUACUCACUUGGAGAAAGUAUGGCGAAAAAACUAAAUGUUGUACACAUAAGUCCCAAAACUGUGAUAGUUGAUGAAAUGGAACAAAAAAGUAUAACUGGAAAGUGUAUUGAUUUUAAUCUACGCCAUAACAAUAUUUGUAAAUAUGACACUAUUAUGGCUAUAAUGAAAAAGAAAAUACAAUCACCAGCAGUACAACACCGAGGUUAUGUCAUCUCUGGUAUCCCAUUAGUGACUUCAAAGAAAAACAUAGAAUAUUUUACUAAGAACUUAUAUGAAGAAGAAUCUGUUUUGAUUGCAGAAGAAAUAGUAGAUGGUAUUACUGAAAAUGUCUUUAAAAAGAGAAGGAAAGGUAGAAAACAUGAUACUGAAGCUUUAAAUUCUUCGCAGAGUAGUGCAAAUAUGUUGGAAAUUGAGAGUGAGAUUGAAGAAGAGGAAGACGAACAAGAACCAGAUGCAGAUAUCGAGGAAGAAACGGUACAAAUAGUAGCAUUGCCAAAGUUUAUAUUAGAACCUUCUUCGGGGGUCAUAAUAUCCAAGAAAUCUUCAUUAAGUUCUAAACAAUCAGUAAUGCUUCAACAGUGCCAAGAACUGUUUGACUUACAAACUAAUCCUGUAAUAAUUAUUUUUAUUACAUGCCCAGACCCAGAUGCUAUUACGAAAAAGAAUCGAAAAUAUUUUAAUUAUUUAACUUCUUCAAGUCCCAUGUAUCCUUUCACUUCAAGAAAUGAAUCUGACAUUAGAUGGCCUACUAAAUAUGCUGUCAAUGAAAAUGUAUUAAAUCCUAUAGAUACUAGUGUUUUAAAUCGGAAAUAUUACUGUCGUUUACCAAUUAAUUUUACUUCAAAUGCAACAAAUCAAAUGUGUAACUAUCAAUUCCAUGUGUCACCUUAUUUGGACAAGAAAAUAAAAGACUUUCCAUCCAAAUUUGUUAUUAAACUGGAUGGCCGUAAUCCAAUUUAUGAAAUGGCAAACUUUUUAUUUGAUAAACUCUUACUUUUGCCUGUGAAGCCAGUUUUAAUACCAGAACCUUUGUAUCUUGAGGAACCUUCGGAUGAUAUAGAAAGUUUUUGGAAGUUAGCAGAAGAAAUGAAUGUCAUCAAAUUCGGUGCAAAAAGAUUCAGUCGGUAUGCAUCACCAUGGUAUAACAGAUGUCCUGUGGAACUAAAAAAAAGACAUGCAGUGCAAGGUCUUUCAAGAUUUGCUGUUGCUUUUUUCAACCGUAUCUAUCUCCUAUCGUCAUUGGAUAAUAUGGUGGCGUUUUGUAGAAAUCCGCGUUCCUUUUUAAAGCUGCAAUAUCUAGAACCAACUUGUAGAGUAAUAGUGACAGGAACAAAAUUAUCAGGCAAAAGUAUGGUUGCCGAAUGCCUAUCAUGGCUGUUCAAUGCUCCAAUUACAUGUUAUGCGUCAUUUGUUAAUGACCUUAGGCAAAGAAAAUUUGAUGAUUUCACAAAUUCGAUAUGGUCUAUAAUAGAAGAAAAAGUAGAACGACACAGAUUAACAGACUGGGAAAACAAAGAGGAGAAUAAAAUGACAAAUUUAAAUUCAUGGUAUACCUCAUGCGUUGAGAAAUUAAAGAAUUAUAUACGUUUGCAAAAAGAAUAUCUGAGUAUCAAAGACGAAGUACUAGACGACAACGCUUCCGCGAAACGGAAAGGUCUUUUCAAUAGAGUUCAAAAACUAUAUGGUGAUCUUCAGUUCUUUCCCUUCUUGGAUGAGGUAGAAAUAUGUGAACAGGUUCUUGACGAUCAUAGUUUGCUUCAGUACGCACCGCCUGAGUUAACUGAGGUGAUACCAAAACCAGCAGCGCCCGUUCUCGGCGAUGACGAUGUAAUGGAAGCCAUAUAUGCUUAUAUUUCAGAAAACAACCGACAAAAUGAUGUAGAACCGAACUGUUCGGAAAUAAUGCAAGAGCUUACAACAAAAUUAGCAAACCUUGAUAUUCAAACACAAACUGAAUCCAAUGGUGAGCAUGAAUACGGCAAAUACAUAAUCGAUGGAUUUCCGUCAGAUGCGGAAUACUGGGAUUUUCUGUUAGGCACGUCUUUGGCCCCUGAUUAUACAGUAGCAAUAAUUGAGGAUAGAGAAAUGGAUGAAGACGUCGAAAGGAAAUAUAUUAAUUUGACAAUAAGUACAAAAAAUCAUGAAACACGAUUUCGUUUAGCUAACGAUCCACUUGUUAAAAUUAAAUUAGAAUCUAAAUAUACUUCGACACCUGAACCUGUUACACUAGAAUGUUUUAUAAAUGAUAUUAUUAACAGGAUUAUUCUAUCGAUCUUUACUAACAAAAGUGAAAUAAUUAACACCCUAAACGAAUCUAUAAAUAAAUUUCGUGAUGAUUGGGAGGGUUUAAAAAGUAGUAUAACAAAUACGGACAAGGCGUGUAUUGAAGUACAAAUUGACGAUAAAUCCGAUAUCGAAAUUUUGGACGAAGUAUUGGUAAAAAUACGCAACAGCUAUUACCCAGAAGGAAACACGGAAGUAGAUGAAACAUUUGAAAACCAGGGCAGUGAAGAAAGUACAUCUAAAGAUUCGCUUAUUCAAAACGACCCUCGUUUCUUGUGUGAAACCAAUAUCUAUUGCCCUGUUACUUAUUACGAUUAUGGUGUUUUAUGGGAGGGUAGACCAGAAUUUACAUUUGAAUAUGACAAUAAGUUGCAUUAUUUUUGCAAAGAAGAUUUUUUAAAUAGAUUUCAAGGUGACGUAACAAAAUACCAAUCGUACAACGAUCCAUUCAAAAAGUUGUCACCAAUGAGAAUAUGCGUAAUGGGUCCAAUUGGUAGUGGGAGGACAUCGGCUGCGAAAUUAAUUGCUAAAGAGUAUGGCUUAAUGUACAUUGAUUUUGUUGAAUUCAUAAAUAAUUAUUUAAUUCCUCGCCAUUAUAAAAGAGUCGGUCGCCAGUACGAAAAUAGUUUUACCGAUACUCCAAUUGAUGAAGAAGUGAUGACGGAAUUAAAUAUGAACGAAGAUAAUGUAAACUUAGAAGUGGAGAUAUUAUCAAAUGAAAUCGAAUUAAGACGUAUGGUUUACAACUACUUGGAAAAGGGUACGGCAAUAGUACCAAUACUGAUGCAAAAGUUAAUAAAGAAGCUAUGGUUCCAACCGCCAUUUUCAACAACUGGUUUCGUGUUAGAUGGUUACCCAAAACUGCAAAACGAUGUAGAAGAUAUGACAGAAUGCUUCUGCAUACCUGAUUUAAUAAUCGAGUUGGAGUGUAAUUCUGAAAUAUCGUCACAAAGGUUGUCACCAAAAUUAUUUGAUGUAUGGAAAAUACAAUUAAAUGAGGCUAAACAAAAAGCGCGUAUUAAAUUUGAUAACGAAAAGCGCCAGUGGAAAAACUUUAUAACCAAGCAUGUGGUUGUAAAACUUAUUAUUGAUACAAUUAUAGACACCAUAGGUAUAGAAGCAAUCGAUCAGGCAAAAAAUCUUUCCAUUCAGAGUACGAUUAUUGAAGCACAUCCUUCGGGAAUGUCGAAUGUUGAUACAAAUUUAUUUCAGACCUACAAUAACUUGAUAACAGAAUAUCCAGAACCUGUAGACCAAAGUACAUGGGAAAAACCGAGUGAGGUUCGGGAAAAAAUUGCUUACAGAAUUGAAAGUACCUAUGAGAUAGAAGAUGAAAAUAUACAAACUUUGAAGGAAACAUUAAUGGAACAAAAUAUUAAAUUAACCACUAUAAAUGGAACAAAGUCGUUUAUUAAAGUUGGAAGAAUUUUACUAUCAAAAGUUGCUAAUCUACGAAAUAAACGUGAAAUGUGUUUCGAGCAAUCGUUUAUGAUUGACCUUGAUGUAGCCGAAAUGUUGUUAUUGGAAGGAUUUUUUUUCUUAAGCAAAUUUUAUCGCAUGUGUCCCGUCUUUAUAUACGAUAAUCCGGACGCAAUAUUCAAUCCGUACAGUGUCAGUAAAAGUAAAAAUAAAAUUGUUCCAGUUAUUCAUCGAUCACACAUUUAUUUCUGCAAUGAUGUUAACGUGAAGAAAUUUAGGGAAAACCCUUUGAAAUAUAUUGUGAAUGAUAACAUAAAACAUUUUGUUGAAUAUCCAUUAAGAGUUGCAGUUAUAGGUCCACCAAAAUCAGGAAAAAGUGAAUUAACGGCAAAGAUUGCAAAGAAAUAUGGUUUGUUGUGCGUAUCUAAAGGAAUCGCUCUUAGACAUAUUGUGAACGACCUGUCAUGGACGGAAUUAGCAUUGAAAACGUUAUCGAAACUAGAUAAAGGGGAAAGUGUGAGCAAUUACGUUGUUAUGCAGGCCGUUCAAACUCUUAUCAAUAAUCACUGCAGUUCUUCGCGUGGAUAUAUUUUGGAUGGGUUGCCAAGUACACCUUUCGAAGCUCUCGAACUACAAAAAUUAGGCCUAUUCCCAUUAAUUAUUUUUGAGCUUCGUGGUAAUUCACGUAUAAUGAUUAAAAAUUCACAGAAAGAAAUUUAUUUGAACAUAAUCAAAACAAAACCUCCAUAUUCAUGUAAUCUUAUUAGACAUAGAUUGGCGAAAUAUAAUAAAAAAUGUAAUACAAUAUCGGAAUUUAUAAACAACGACACACAAAAUUUGUUAACUCUUAAUGCAGAGGAAUCACGAUGGGAAUGUUUCUAUAAAGCAGACAAUAAGAUAUGUGAAAUAAUACCACAAAUUCAUUUUUAUUUAACAAAUUACAAAACGACUGCUGUACCGAUGUCUGUGAUGUGUAUCUCAGAUAAUGAUUUCCAACUUAAAAUGUCUAAUUAUAAGAACCUCUGUCCAGUUUGUCUUUCUGACGAUAUAAUAAAACACAGCGGUUAUCCAGUUGAUAAAAAGGGUAUUGUACAAUACAAAGAACACGUUUACUGGAUAUGUAAUGAACACCUAGAUUUGGUAUUGAAGAAUCCAGAUACAUUGUUGAAGGAAAAAGUAGGCAUACCCGAAAUACCUACAGUUGUUAAAACUAUCAAUCCUUUUAAUCUUUAUGAGGAUGGCAUAUGUAUAGUUACGUAUGCUGAAAAUUUACCAGCACAGAUAAUCGAAAAAGGUAAAGAGGAGUAUGCUGCGGUAUAUAAGGAAAUAACAUAUUUAUUUUGCUGCCCAUACUGUCUGCGUAAAUUUCUAGCAACACCAAAAAUGUAUUAUGACAUAACGGUGUUCAAGGAAUGUAAAGUUUUUCCAACUAUUUCCUUAAAGAGCCUUCCCCAUUUAGGGUACCUUGAGCAAACGGUCGGGAAUCUUAUUACUGAGGCUUGUUGUUCAGUUAAUGUUGCGAGACCCAAGUAUCCAGGAUUAUCCGCCCAAAUUUCUGGUCUCUUAUACGUAGCUUUCUACCUCAAGAUUCAUAAUCCUCUUACUGAUGUUUCUUAUUUACCAUUGUAUAAAAAAUCCCUUAAAACUUUUGAAAGUAGAUGUCAACUCAUGACCAGCGUAGGGCUACGUUUGAGGUCUAUUGACAAUCCCUUUGCUCAUUAUCCAAAGUGUUGUAAUUUGAAGGAUAUACAAGAUGUUACGGAACCCAAACCCAUUGCAACAGAUUCGGGUACUGUUAUGAAACCUUCUAGUAUUAAACAGGAAUCAGUUACAUCUUUUACUUGUUUAUGUGAUUCUGAUUAAAUAUUUAUUAUAAUGAUUGUAUUUGCCUUAGAUUUUUCUA